AUGGAGGAGAAAAAGGACCACCAUUCCCCCCGAAAAUCCGCGGAGGCGGCGGUGGUCGGCGAAGUCGCCGACAACCCUCCUCAGUACGGUGAACAUGAACACGAAACGGGUCUGUCGCAGUCGCUCGGCUCUCGCCAUCUCCUCAUGUUUUCCAUCGGUAUGUCGAUUGGAAUGGGCUUAUGGCUGGGAUCCGGCACAUCGCUGAUCAACGGUGGUCCCGCUGCUAUCUUUCUUGGAUACUGUAUCGGAGGUUCGAUUGUCUGGGUCCUCAACCAUGCCAUUGGAGAGUUGGCCGUUCUAUACCCUCUUCCCUCAGCCUUUCCGCAGUGGACUCGCAAGUUCGUUGACACUGCUCCCGCAUUCACAGUCGGAUGGGCGUACUGGUUCUCCGCCUCUAUCACGCUUGCCAACGAACUCCAGGGUGUGGUCACAGUUCUCAAUUUCUGGACAGACAAGGUCCCUACCGCGGCGUGGCUAUCUAUAUUCCUUGUUGUUAUGUUCAUCGUGAACAUCUGUGCUGUGAGGAUCUUUGGUGAAACUGAAGUGAUCAUGUCCGGGAUCAAACUCUUCUGGAUCGUCGUUGUUAUCAUCAGCUGUAUCGUGAUCAGUGCUGGUGGUGCACCGAACCAUCAUAAAACGGGCUUCGAGUACUGGAACUCGAUGCCGUUCACGCAUGGUUUCAAGGGUUUCCUGUCUGUGAUGGGGACUUGUAUCUUCGCCCUGGGUGGUUCGGAAAUGGGUGGUAUUGUCGCCGCUGAAGCAAAGAAUCCCCUCAAGGCAGUACCCCGAGCCGUCGGUUCAAUUUGGAUGCGUCUCUCCUUGUUCUACGUUCUCGGAGCCCUCAUGGUCACCAUCACUGUGUCUCCUAAGGAUCCCAGCCUUUUUGGUGGCGAUGGUAUCAACGCCAGUCCCUUCGUUGUUGCUUUCCAAGACGCAGGCAUUCCUGGCCUCGCCCAUGCCAUGAACGCAAUCAUCUUCAUCAGUGUCGUCUCUUCAGGCAAUGCCCAGGGCUAUGCCGGAACACGUACGGCUGUUGGUCUUGCUGAAAUCGGUCUGGCGCCUAAAAUAUUUGCGAAAUGUGACCGCCAGGGUCGUCCCUGGGCAUCUAUUGCCAUCACUUUCCUGAUCGGCGGCGGAUUAUGCUAUUUAAAUGUUAGCAAUUCCGGAGCGACUGUGUUCACUUGGUUUUCUAACCUCACCUCUCUGUGUACCCUGUAUACAUGGGGUAUGAUAUUCCUCUGCCACAUUCGAUUCCGCUGGGCUUGGAAGGCUCAGGGUCGUUCAGCGAAGGACCUGCCCUGGAAAACAUGGACGUGGCCUAUUGGAUCCUUCUACGGCCUGAUCUGGUGCAUCCUCCUUGUUAUCGACGAGUUCUACCUGGCUGUCUGGCCACUAGGGAAGAAGAGCAGCGCCAAGAACUUCUUCGCCAACUAUAUUUCCAUCGUGGCAAUUCUUGUCUUGUAUAUUGCGUCGAAGAUCUAUUUCCGCGGACCCUUCUGGAUUAAGGCUGAGAAUAUUGACUUGGAUUCCGGCCGACGGUACUAUGUCGAGAGUACCGAGGAUCCUGAAGUAGCGGUUAAGCCAGGGAAAUUGAGCAAGUUGGACAAGUUUGGAGUCUUUAACUUCAUCACUGGAGAUUCGAAGAUCUAGUAUGUUUAAUGAUGGGUGUUGAUGGAUUCUUUGCAUUCAAAGACUUAAUAUUUUUGAGCGGCUUUUCAUUCUGGGUUAUUUUAUGCAUGAUGGAUCACCUCUCGUCCUGUGGUAGGCGUUUAAAAUGCUGCAGAGACUUUAUUUAGUUGGACAUCUGCCCCCGAUGGCCGCAUGAGCACUAAAAUAGUGUUGUAUCUUCCCUUUCCUUAUAUAGGUCUGAUUAUUUGAUACCUCUCAAUCUUCUA